AUGCUCCUGCCAAACAAGGCUCUGGGCGUCGCCGACCCGAGCCUCGUCCCAGCCCAGGUGCGGGCGGGCAGCGGCUGCGGGGGGAGUCAGUGCGCCGAACUCCAGUCCCUGCUGAGCUGGCUGGCGGACGGCGUGGACACCACGCGUCAGGUCUCCUUCGAGUGCGGCGGCGGCGUGGUCGGGGUUGGCGGCCGGCAGGUGCUGCUGCAGCGCAUGGUGUCCUGGCCGCUGCUGGGUCCUGGUGCCCUCGAAGAGGGCGGCAUGAAGCUUUCCGUGCCAGUGGACCUGCAGGCAGAGAUCCUGAAGCUCAUCGAGGAUGCUCGUAGCCCCGGGGGGCUGCGAGAGACCACGGUGCGCCGGCUGGUGGACGCUUGGGAGGUAGUCGGCGCAGAGGUGAUGUCCGCCGUGACCGGGCGCCCCGAACCCGCGGUGUUCCUGGUGUGCAGGGAGACGUCGCAUGCGAUCGUGGUGGCGAAGUGGCCCAGCGUGGACAUCCCUCCUUACCAGCCAGCCGCCUUCGACCCCGAGCUCCACUUCGCCCGCGCGGCCACCCGCCCGCCGCCGCCCUGCGGCGGCGCCCCGCCCCCCGCUCGGGUGAAUACGUAG